AUGUAACUCAUCUAUAAGUCAAAAAAAGCUCAGGUCCUCCUCCUCCACCCUAUGGCAGAAGCAAUAAUGGAGACGUAUCCACCGGAUUUGCUCCCCUUCACUCCUCUACAGAAACAAGAGGAUACGAGUGAGUCACCGUCACCCUCAAUCUUUCUCCUUCAUAGGUAUGUAGUAGUCACCCUUGCUCUUGUCACCAUCCCGCUCUUCCCAUCCCAAGCCCCUGACUUUCUCAAAUCGCGAAUCCCGCCUCAACUCUGGGAGCUUUUCCACCUCCUCUUCGUUGGCAUUGCCGUCUGCUAUGCGCUGCUUGUCAAAAAAAGUGACACCACCGCUGAGGACGGCCACUCGCGACCUUACUCCAUAUUUGAUGCAUCACAUUCCUAUCUCUCUUCCAUUUCAGAUAUGUCUUCAUUUUUUGAAUUCGAGGACAUUAAUCCUCUUUCCCAUGAUGCUUAUCAUAAUAGACCUUUAGGACUGCCGGUUAGACGUUUGAAACCGCCAUCAGGAAUGAUUUUUACUGCUGCUAGGUCUAGUGAUCUUAUGAAUGUAAGAGACAUAGUUCCCUUUAAUCCAUCUGAUCAGAGAGAUUCUGAAAAUCGUAGAAAAGUUAUGCCUCUUGCAGCUUUGGAAUAUGAUAAUGAGCAACAAGAGUUUAUUGGACAAUAUAGGUCAACAACAUCUUAUAAGAGCAACAACAGUUCCCAUGCCUCUUUGGAUGAAGGAGAUCAGAUGACGGGUGGUCAUCUUCUUCUGGAAUAUUCUUCACAGCCGCCAACAGUCAUUUCUGAGUACAAAGAUGCAACAAAGUCUAGCUCCGGAAGGGUUUCACCCACACCGCGGCAGGUUGUUGCGGAAGAUGAUGAUGAGUUCAAUGAAUUCAUGAUGACAAAUAGUAAUAAUUAUAAUAGCAGUAUUGGUGAGAUGAGAGAAACACCUUUGGACUUGGGAGGAGAGUCUAACCACGGGCACAUUAGAUCUUGGUCAUUCUGGCGCCCUGCACCUUUGGAACCCAACCCAACCUCUUCAUUUCCUACAAAAGCUUCCGCAUCUUCCCCUCCGCAUUCCCCGAAUGUCAAAAUUGAUGAUGAUCAUAUCAAGGAGAAGGAUGUUUAUAAGUCUCAGUCCUCGUCCUCGUCCUCGUCCUCGUCAUCAUCAUCAGCAAAUAAUGAAGAAGAAGUAGCAAAGCCUUCUUGGCCUUCUUCCGAUGUACCUGCCAAUAAUGAGACACUAGACCCUUCUUCUUCUUCUUCUUCUUCUUCUUCUUCUUCUUCUUCUUCUUCUUCUUCUUCUUUACUGAUAGACAAAAGAAUCCAAUAUCUGUAUUCAUCUCACGAAAAGCCACCAUCAGUGCGCCGUAAAGGUUCGUUAAUGGGAAAAUCAGUGAGGACAAUUAGAUCGCGUGGUCUUGCUGAUGAUGAUCGGAGAUUAUCUUCAAUGACGUUGGACAGCAUAACUGAAGGAGGAAAUGGUGAAGAGACUCCAUUAAUCAACACACAAAGGGGUAGCAAAGUUGGAGUUACCCCCAUUCUGGAGUCAACAUUUGCUACUGCAAAACAGAAUGGGAUAAAGGAAGACAGUGUUGCAGGUGACAUUUUGGAGUCUAGAUAUGACUCUGUCAGUGUAUGGAACAAUUCAGAUGCAAGUUCAGAUUCAGGUUCUUAUGUUGUAGAUGAUGUGGAACUGGGAAGUGAGGUUGACAGGAAAGCCGAUGAGUUCAUAGCAAAGUUUAAAGAGCAAAUCAGGCUUCAGAAGAUUGUAUGAAUGAUUUCGACAAUCCAACACUUAAUAAUUUACUUAUUUAUUUAUCAGUAAGUCGGGUUAGAGAUGAUGUACAAACACAUGUACCAUUCCUUGGGAAACAGGUAGAAACCCUGGGAUGCUCAACUUGAGCACACAUACACAUAUGCUCUCUCUAUACAUGAUAUAUAUCUUUCUAGUGUCUCACUGCAUGCAAGAAACUUAAACAUGCUAACUACUUUUCAUCUCUCUUCAACUUUAGGGAUACAAAUCCUUUUGUCAAACUUGUCUGAGUUGGGCCUCAAUAAUGGUAACACCACUUUCACAUUU